UCUGCCCCCGCAUGGCUUUUGCUCUCUCUCUCGUUUUAGGUACCGGAAUCAUAAGGAGCCCCAAGCCACUGUGUUGGCCUUAUAUAGCAUGUUUGAAAACUUCUUGGCGGUUGACAGGAGGGACCGGGGCCAGCAGUGUAAAAAGUCUUAUGUAUCAGCAAUGCAGUGCAGAGACUGAGCAGACAUCCACGCACAUAUGCGAGGAAUGGCGUGUAGCAGUAGCUGUCUGGCACACAUUUGCGAUCCCUGCUGUUGUUUUGAGUGAGAGGAGGAGGAGGAGGAGGAGGAGGAGAGCGGCUGUAUUUGGUGCUCCCUCUCUUGCCCUCUUUCUCUCCCAGAGGAGGAGAGAAAGGAGAGGUAGAAACAAGGAGAGUGUGAGGAAAUAGUGGCACUGAUUUGCAGGUCACCACAUCAUGUCAAACAACGACCAGCUAUGAGGUGCCUCCCACUCCUCAGCUGCCAUUAAAGCAUGUAGAUACCCCGGGAUCUACGAGGUCCUGCAAGAGUGUGGAGAUAAGGCGAAAGCAGUCCGGGAGUCAGAGUGUGGUUCAGGCCAUGGAGGAGAGCUAUGAGGUGGACCUGGUCUACAUCACAGAGAGGAUCAUCUCUCUCUCUUUCCCUGCCGGCGCCGAGGAGCAGAGCUAUAUCACCAACCUCAAGGAGGUGGCGACAAUGCUGCACUCCAAACACGGCGAACAUUAUCUGAUGCUCAACCUGAGCGAGACAAGGACUGACAUAUCAAAGUUAAACCACAAGGUUCUGGAGUUCGGCUGGCCAGACCAUCAUGCACCAGCGCUGGACAAAAUCUGCAGCAUGUGCAAGGCCAUCGACACAUGGCUCAACGGUGACCCACGCAACGUUGUUGUGUUACACAACAAGGGGAAUCGAGGUCAAACUGGGGUUGUGGUGGCGGCGUACAUGCACUACAGCAACAUAUCCGCCAGUGCUGACCAGGCGUUGGACAGGUUCGCCAUGAGGCGCUUCUACGAGGACAAAGCACUUCCUGUGGGUCAGCCAUCGCAGAGGAGGUACGUGCGCUACUUCAACGGCCUUUUGUCGGGACACAUAAAAAUCAACAACAAGCCUCUGUUCCUGCAUCACGUCAUCAUGCACGGCAUACCUAACUUUGAGUCCAAAGGAGGCUGCCGUCCUUUCUUGAAGAUCUACCAGGCAAUGCAACCAGUCUACACAUCAGGAAUAUAUAAUGUACAAGGAGACAGCAACACCAGUAUCUGCAUCACAAUUGAACCAGGCCUGCUACUGAAGGGAGACAUCUUGCUGAAGUGUUACCACAAAAGGUACAGGAACCCGACCAGAGACGUGGUGUUCAGGGUUCAGUUCCACACCUGUGCCAUCCACGACCUCGGUGUGGUCUUUGGGAAGAGCGAGCUGGACGAAACCUUCAAAGAUGAGAGGUUUCCAGAAUAUGGGAAGGUGGAGUUUGUCUUCUCGUAUGGCCCGGAGAAAAUCAAAGGUAAAGGAUUGGGCCACCUGGAGAACGGGCCAAGCGUCUCGGUGGACUACAACACCCAGGACCCUCUGAUCCGCUGGGACUCGUACGAGAGCUUCAACCAACAAUGUGAGGACACUGCGGACGGCGACCAGGAUGUUGAUCAUACCCAAGGUCCACUUGAUGGAAGCCUAUAUGCCCGGGUCCGCAAGAAAGACUCCCUGGAGGGAGUUGUCACCAUCAAUGGCCUCCCUGUCCAUGAAAACUCCUUGACCAAUGCCAAGAACUCUUUGCAGCACACCAACCAUCCUCUUCAAACCACUGACAAAACACUUCCUGUGACAGGCCACGCCUCACUCCCCGCUGUUGACCACACCCUCUCUGUGAGUAGUGAUUCGGGCAACUCCACUGCCUCUGUCAAAACGGAUCGUACAGAUGAGCACAGCCAGUCUACGCAGAUUACCGCCAAUCACAACAACCCAACAGCAACGCACCCACCGCUCAGUCCACAGGAAAAGAGAGAACUUGAUCAGCUUCUGAGUGGUCUUGAGGCGCCAACUCACCUACGACAAGCUUACCUGUCCACAUCCACCAGUCCAGGAGGAGGAGUACGGCACCUGGUCCCAGCGCAGGUUCACGUCAACGGCAGCCACACCAAGCCAGCUGGUGCCCCAUCUACAGAGGAGCGUGAGACAGAUAUUCUUGACGACGAGCUGCCCAACAGCCAAGAGGGCAACAGUGUUGACAGCUUGGGCACAAUUUCUUCCCUUGAGGGGCAGGCGACACCAGCUGACCUCUACUACCAAUCUGAAACGCCUGUCAGUGUGAAGAACGACGGGCCAUAUCUUGAGAGAGGCGUUCUGGGGGAAAAGUUGAGCGAAAUGCCUGUGCAUGGAGUACGAACUCCCACGGCGAUGCAAGAGAGGUCUGUGGACUUGGCGUCACCACAGGGGGGAUACGACAGCUACCAGAAUGGAGGAGGGAUGUACCGUUCGCAAUCCUUUGGCAAUCCGACUCCUGGCAGUCCUGAAACCAAUCCUAAACUUAUGCCAAGGGCCCCUGAGAGGAGCACCAGUAGCCGAGAGGCAGUUCAAAGAGGUCUCAAUACUUGGCAUCAGUAUAGCCUUCCAGAUGAUCCCUUUGGCCCUCCACUUCAGUCAACCCACAGCUUGCCCCACUUCCCCACCCCAGCUUCACAACGGGACAUAGAACAGUCCAUCGAGGCACUCAACAUGCUCAUGCUCGACCUUGAUCCAAUCAACUCCCACAUGUCUAAGUCUCACAGUGCGCCCCCUGGGGAGAACAACCUGAAUUCAUCGCAGGUGACCUUCUGUCAGACCCUUGCUAGACCUUCUUACCAAGCGGACUCUGCUAUCCAAGGCUACAACAACUCUGGGUCGCUGAACAACUCCUUCCAUCAGCCCGCAAGAUCAGCUGGGAGAGUGUCAACAAACCAGAGCCCAGUUAUGGAUUCUCCGGUGUAUUCUCCCCAGAAGCCGAAUGCCAACUAUCAACACCAAAACACCACCCCAACACAUACCCCAGAGCCCUACCUCCAAUCACGCCAAGCAACCCACCACUACGCUGCAGAUCCCCCUUUGAAUUUCAACCAGCAGGCACCAGUGAAGCCUGUGAACUCGCACCCAAGCAGCGGGGUUUCCCACUCCCCGGAACUGCAGGGUUCAUCUCCUUAUCCAGGCUACAGUGCCUGCUCUUCACCUGUCCCAGCUGCCACGCCCCAACCCAAGGAUACCUCCUCUACCUCCUUGGUCCGAGAACAAGAUAAUACCGAGGAGGAAAACUUAAACUUGGAAGGCCUAGUGGCUCAUCGCAUUGCUGAGUACAACGCUCGCAUACGGGGCAUCAGUGAAAGCAUGUCACCGCAACAAUCUGACCGCCAUCGCUCCUAUUCCUUCUCUGGAGUUCGCUCUCGAGGUAUGACCCCAGAAGUGACUCAAGAGACAGGCCGACGUCGAACCACCAGUGAGGGUCAGUACCAGGGCAGCCAUGAAGACACGGCGGUGGUCCAUUCUCCAGACUUUGCCAACAAUCUGGCCCUCAACGCUGGAGGACAUCCCAGAGAGGGUCUGAUGCACAGCUACCGGGAGGCGUUUGAGGACGACAGGACACAUGGUUUUGCUAACAGUCCCACCUUUGGAAGCAGUGGUGAGAAUUCUCCACAGAGCCCUCACCUCCACAUGUCUCGCUCUCCUCCAGGUUUGAUCAAGACUCCUCUGUCGCCCCUGGGCCUGCAGCCACAUCAUCAAGGUGGUUCAGACUCUGAGUCUAAUGACGGAGAGCAAGAUAAUCACAGUUUUGGGGCCUCAAGAGCACAACCGUUCAACACUCUCCAGUCGUCCAGCAGUCCUGUUCACAGUGUUGAUGGGAGGAGGAUUGGAUCUGCAGAUGGCGCCCCUCACAGCCCUGCCUCCCCCCACCCCUACAGCCCUGCUUCCCCCCACCCCUACAGCGCUGCCGCCUCCCCCCACCCCUACAGACCUCCCCACCCCUACAGACCUGCCUCUCCUGAGGGCUCCCAGGUCAACAUCAUGGGCGUCCACACAGUCCCCGGGAGCCCCAACACCCUCCACCGCACAGUGGCCACAAACACGCCACCAAGCCCUGCCCUCCAGAGACGCCUGGGUCAGGCCAGCCCUUCACUAGGCAGACACCCGCCUCCGACCGGCGUCCCCUCCAGCCCUCUGAUUGGCCGCAAGUCAGCGGCCUCCGGUGUUCCCCCCAGCCCCCUGAUGGGGCGGCGCACAGCAGCAAGUGGCCAUAGCACACCUGACGAGCUGGGGGCUGCCUCUCGCCAGGGCAGCGCCCAACCGCCCCCCACGCCUGCCUUCCCCGUCUCCCCACAGCUGCCAGAGAAAAGGCACAUGUCCAGCGGGGACGCAGAGAGGAUGGACAACAAUAACCUGACACCGGCCAGUGGUGGAAGUACGCCAAACCUGUCUGGCACUCACACACUCCCGGAUAUCCCCAAGUCCAUAUAUGACGGUUGUCCAGACAUCAAGAUGAACGUCAAGUUCGUCCAGGAUACGUCCAAGUACUGGUACAAACCGGACAUCUCCAGAGAGCAAGCCAUCAAUCUGUUGAAGGAGAGGGAGCCCGGGGCGUUCAUCAUAAGAGACAGCCACUCCUUCCGCGGGGCGUAUGGUCUCGCCAUGAAAGUGGCCUGCCCUCCACCGACUGUCCAGCAAAACAAAAAAAUGGGCGACAUGACCAACGAGUUGGUGAGACACUUCCUGAUUGAGACAAGCCCCAAAGGCGUCCGUCUGAAGGGUUGUCCCAACGAACCCUACUUUGGUUGUCUGUCUGCUCUCGUCUAUCAACACUCCAUGACUCCACUGGCUCUGCCCUGCAAACUGAUGAUCCCCACCAAAGACCCAAAUGAGGAAGCGCUGGAACUUGUUACACCUACUGAUCCAGUUGUUGAACUCAUUAAGCAAGGAGCAGUUCAGAAGGUUCCUGAGGAAGCCCAUGCGUGCAAUGUUCUAUACAUCAACUCUGUCGACAUGGAGUCUCUCACGGGGCCUCAGGCCAUCUCCAAGGCAAUCAGUCAAACGCUGGAGACCAACCCUCUGCCGGCGGCGACAACCGUCCACUUCAAGGUGUCCACACAGGGCAUCACGCUCACUGACAGUCAGAGGAAGAUUUUCUUCAGGCGACAUUAUCCCCUCAACACAGUAACUUUCUGUGACACUGAUCCCCAGGACAGAAAAUGGGGCAAAGAAGGUGGCGGCUCAGUGAGGCUUUUUGGAUUUGUUGCAAGGAAACAAGGAAGCACAACUGACAAUGUGAGCCACCUGUUUGCCGAGCUGGACAUAGAUCAGCCCGCCUCUGCCAUCGUCAGCUUUGUCUCCAAAAUGAUGAAACGGUGAAACCCCCGAAAUUGAAAUGGCAGCGGUCGUUUUGAAAGCUUCCCUCUUCAUCGGUGUGUUUUUUCACCAGGACACGAUGAUAUCCUCGGGUUCCUGUUGGUUUGUUUCCAUCUCCCUUCUCUCUUUGUUUCUUUCUCUCUGCCUUGCUGAUUUGACUUUGGUCUUUUUUGGAAAGAAAGCCUAUUUUGAAGGAUUUGGUGCCGGAUCAAAGGUGUGGGAUUAGAGGAUGUGUGGCAUGGAGCUGAGAACGUGACAAAAGUGGAGGCAACGGAAGGGAGAAAAGUGAAUCACAGGGUAACCUGUUCAUGAGGAAAAUGCUCGCUCAAGACUUGAGGAACAAUGCUACGUUUAGUUGGGAGGCAAAUGCGUAAGGACUUGUAUGUUUCAGGGUUUUCUGUUUCUGUUUUUGUUGAUUGAUUUACCAAAGGUUGUUGCAAUACAAGUGCAAGAAUGAUGUAGCUUUUAAGCCAUUGUAAUUAUUUCCUCUUUUCAAAAGAUUAAGUGUUGAACAGAACAAAACAAAAAAAAAAGAGAGAGAAAAGAACUUCAGUUUCUUCUCGAACUUGUCUUCAGGAAAAAAGUUGGCCUUCGUGGCUUUUAGCAAAACAGUGUCUGAAGACCUUAUGCAUGUUAGCUUGAUCUUUAAGCUUGGUUCUUCGACCUUCCACAAAAAAAAAAGUCAUAGUGAAAUCCUUAGAGUGGGUUUUUCCUCCAGGUCUGUUUUGUGUUGGAAAGGGCUCUGCAGUGAAACCAUGACUGAUCUAAACUGCGCUUAACAGACCAGACUCAAGAAGAAAAAGAAAAAAAAAAAAAGAAAUGAAAAGGAAAACCCACCACAUUAAUGUCCACCACACACUCUGCUUCAAGUCCAAGCCUGAACUCUGUCUCUGUCUCUUUUCUGUCUUUCAAACCGUAUUGGAUUUACUCAAAUCAGCAUCCUCCCGAUUGCAUGGCAGACAGAGCGAGGGCAAACUGUCCACAAGAUGGCGCCACUCGUUAAGGCUUGGACCCUGCACCCCAGCAGUCCCAUAGACUUGCCCAUCCGUGACUGCUCGCUUUAGUGGAUCUGUUGAUAGACGCUGCCACUGAAACACACUGGAGAAGACCAGGAAGUGGCUCAACGACCUGGACCUAUGCACUGUUCUUUAUGCAUGUUUUUGUCCGUAAAUGCAACCUCUCCCCAUUCAGUAGCUGCAUUCACCAUCACUGAAAACAUUCUUCUUCUUCUUCUUCUUCUUCUUCUUCUUCUUCUAUGCUGUGUGCUUAAGAAAACAACUUUAAAAGAAAAAAAAACCUUCAGACACUGAGGCUGUAUGACUUGUCAAAGACUGCAUGAAAUAGACAACAUUUUUUGUACUCCUCUCAAGAGUCCUGAAAAGAAGUAGACAACCCAUUGUUGAAUUAGUCACAUGAUGGUGAGAUGCUAUAUUUUUACUUUUCUCUCUCUCUCUCUCUCUCUCUCUUUAACUUUCAUUUGAGCCAGGGUUACCUUUUCGCUUGAUCGGGGACAAGUUUGUUUUUCCACAGUGUCGUCAAAACUUUACAUUUCGAUACGUAGAGCAAAAGAGGAAAAACCGAACAAAAAAAACAACAAAGGAACACAAGGAGUUUCCAAACUGUGCGUAAAUGCCUGCUUGUCGAACACACUCAACCAUUCACAAUAAGCUAAGGAAAAUUGAUAUUGAAAAUAAAUGUACAUAGAUAUACUACUUUGAAAGGUGACAUAGCGAAAAGUAUUUAUUUUUGUUGCUUUGGUCCCUCAUGAUUACUCAUAUAUACAUAUAUUGUACAGUCUAGAUAAAGAAGAUUACCUAAUG